AGCUCUCAAACGACGGUCUCAGCCAGGUCAAGUCCCAGACUGUUUUCACCAACACGAACAUCAGCGUGGACGGUCUAGAAGGCAAUCGAAUGUACAAGAUCAACGGCCUGUAUUACAUCCUCGACGACAACCCCGGCGGCGCCCAGACCUGGAUCUGGAAGUCGAAAACCCCGUGGGGUCCUUACGAGUCUAAACUUCUCCUCGACCGCAUCACGGGGCCUCUGGCAGGCGGCAACUCUCCUCACCAAGGCAGUCUCGUCAAAGCUCCCGAUGGAAAGUGGUACUUUAUGUCUUUUACCUGGGCGUAUCCGGCAGGCCGGCUUCCAGUCCUUGCCCCUAUUCGCUGGGGUGACGAUGGGUUUCCAAUCUUCGUGGAGGGUGCAAACGGCGGAUGGGGAGCUUCCUAUCCAUUGCCACUCCCGGACAAAACUGGGACCACGAAGAACUGGGAAAGAACGGAUCUCUUCAAGGGAACUUCUCUUGAUGUUUCGUGGGAGUGGAAUCACAAUCCCGACGUCAACUCCUUCACAGUCAACAACGGCUUGACCUUGCGCACCGCUAGCGUCACCACCGAUAUCUACUCAGCGAGGAACACCCUUUCCCACAGAACGCAUGGCCCACACCCAGUGGGUACCAUCAAACUUGAUUUUUCCAACAUGAAGGAUGGAGAUCGCGCUGGUUUAUCGGCAUUCCGUGACCAGAGCGCCUACAUUGGCAUUCAUCGAUCCGGUGGCAAGUUUAUACUUGCUGCAAAGCACGGCAUGAUCAUCGACGAAUGGUCUGCUGAGACCAAGAGUCUGGGAGAAGUCAAGGCCACUGCGGCUGUGCCCAACGGCACUACAAAGGUGUGGUUGAAGGUGGACAUGGACACGAGCCCCACGGGUACUGGCAAUGCAGUCUUCUCGUACAGCUGGGAUGGAGUCAAGUAUGAGAAUCUUGGACCGACGUACAAGUUGUACAAUGGCUGGGCCUUCUUUAUUGCCUAUCGUUUCGGGAUCUUUAACUAUGCUGAAACAGCUUUGGGGGGUUCGGUCAAAGUGGAGUCCUUUACUGCUGCAUAGGUCUGGACUUAUGUUUCAUGGUUAAUAGCUUGUAUCCGACCGGGC